UGUUUCUUUGAUUGUUGGGUGUUGGAUGAACCCGUUUCUUUCUCAAGGAUUCACUUUCCACCGCGCUUAAAGAACCAAAAAGAUUAAAAGGUUGGAAAGAAGUGAAAGAAAGGCUGACCUUUUUGUGGUUAUAGAAGGGGAGUUGUGUAUAGUGGGGCUACAUAAUUAGAAAAGGGUGUUUCUUUUUCAAAAGUUACAACCUCUGCAAGAGAGGCUGAGUCGGACAAAUUUCUUUUAGUGCGAUUUUGUGUGCUUGGUGAAAACUUUUGCUUACUGUUUGUGGUUAAAGAGAUGCCGAAUUGGCUUUCCCACCUUACUGUAUAAGUUCGUGAGGACUGGACGUGUUAAAAAUCUGCAUUUACUUUGCUCUGAUCUUACCUUUCUUGAAAUGGCCUGCAAUUACAGCGGGAUAUAUUGUCAAGGUGUUCAGUCUUAUUCGUCUCGAGACUUCCUAGUUGCAUCUGCUAUAUCAGAAUAUGACCUCGGUGGAGAGGGGGACCUCUUCAACGUUCCAGAGCCGCUUAUUGAAGAACCACUGUUGGAUAUUGAUCCAAUGACAGCUGCCAUUUCAAUGAUUUCUUGUGGAGAUGAUGUCAUGUGCCAUCAAGGACUCAAGAUUUCAGACAUCGAAUCAUCAUUCGAGAACGAACAGCUCUUCAAUGACGUUUUCUAUGAUUGCAAGAAGGAUCUUUUGGGGAGCGAAGCAAUAGUAGAAACUCCGCAAUCUGAAGUUCUCGAUGUCAAGAUUCCUAUUGAUAAUACUGACGAAAAAUUGGCUUCCGAGGGAGUGUUUCAGAAAAGUGGGAGCUCGGAGUCUCUGAGCUCCAUGGAGUGGGUUCAAGGGGCUCCUCCAACGAUGCCGAAUUUUCUCACUUUUCCGGGAAUGGACUUUGGCGCUGUUUAUGGUAUGAGGAGGUCAUACAGUGAAGGCGACAUAAAGACUCUUGGCAACCGUAACGUGAGCCUCAUCCACUCUCCGAUGGGACACCAGCCGAUUAUCAGCAGCGCCAUUUCUGAAGACCGACAAGAGAAGCUUUCGCGAUACAGGAGCAAGAGGAACAAGCGGAACUUUGGCAGGAAAAUCAAGUAUGCUUGCAGGAAAGCGUUGGCUGAUAGCCAGCCAAGGAUUCGGGGAAGAUUCGCGAGAACAGAAGAAGCAGCCGAUGCAUCCAAGAAGCACUGACUGUUUUGAGUCUCUCUAGUCUCUACUAGCAAGAAGAAUGUAAAAAAGGGUAUUAUUAGUUACUGCUGCAGAAGCAAGGGAACGAGGAAAUCUCGCGAUACAAACCAGUACAAUGCAAAGAAGAAGAAGCUAAGCUUACGCGAUAUCUGCUCUAUAAACCGUGACCUUAAAACUGCAAGUUUGUUGUUCUUUCAUUAGCUGCAAUGAUCUUAGAAGUGUAAUCCAAACUAGGGCUGUACAUAUAGUGUAGUAGUGUUUGUUGAUGAAUAUAAUAAAGCAGUAAGUAUGUUGUUUCUUUGCUUUUA